GGGGGGGGGACACGGAGGGGCCGUUACGGUGGGGCCGUUAUCGGAGGUAUCGCACUAUGGGGCUGCUCCUGGUGAUGCUCCUGGCGAUGCUGGCCGUUCUGCAUUCACAAGUGCCUCUGCACAUCACCGUUCCCCAGAGGGUGCUCUCAAACACAACUGGAGAGAUGGACACGCAGUCCUACAUCCUCUCAGUGGAAGGGCGGCCGUACACCAUUCACCUCAAGCAGCAGUUCUUUUUACCUGCUGAUUUCAGCAUUUACACAUACAAUGAGACAGGAUCGUUGCGCUCUGAUUCACCCUAUAUCAAGGGCGACUGUUACUACCAUGGCUACAUCGAGGGCAUUCCUGGCUCAGCAGUGACCCUCAGCACGUGCAUGGGGCUCAGGGGCCUUCUGCAGUUCCACAAUGCCAGCUAUGGGAUUGAGCCACUGGGCUCCUCGCCCUCCUUCCAGCACGUGGUUUAUCCUGUAGGCAGUGGGGCUGCAGCUGGGGCUCUGCUCCCACAUGGCCACCUUGGGGGUGGCAGGGAUGCUCUGGUGGCUGACAGCAGCUCUGACACGGCACAACCAGCUCUAAAACUGCUGUCAAGGCACCGCAGAGAGGUGUUGCUCCACAUCAUUCUGGAAAGGAGUUUGUACAGCCACCUGGGGGGCGACAAAUACAUCGUGACACGGAAGGUGAUUCAGCUCAUCAGCUUCCUGGACAGCAUGUUCAGCUCCCUGAAUGUGACCGUGACGUUGUCCUCCAUGGAGGUCUGGAGGUUCGGGAACAAAUUUCAGACCACAGGGGCUGGAGAAUUGGUGCUGCUGCGCUUUUUGGAUUGGAGGAGGAAGGCUAGCCUGCGGCCCUACGAAGUGCCCUUCCUGCUGAUGUACCGGGUCCAGGCUGACUUUCUGGGUGCGAUCUCUCCAGGCACGCUGUGCCGCAGUGAUGCAUCCGGUGCUGUGGCCGUGCUGCAGCGUGCUGUGACUCUGGAAUCGUUCUCCGUCCUCCUGGCGCAGCUGCUGGGGCGCAGCAUGGGCAUGGGAUUUGAUGAUGGCCGGGGCUGCCGCUGCCCCACACAAACCUGUGUCAUGGAGUCGGCAGCACUUCGCGUCGGUGGGGCAAAGACCUUCAGCAGCUGCAGCGCUGCAGACCUGGAGCAGUUCCUGUGGCAAAACCCAAACUGCCCCUUCCUCAGGGUCCUGCAAAUGCACCCCAACUCCAAAGCCACCGUCUGCGGUAACGGCGUGGUGGAGCAAGAUGAGCAGUGCGACUGUGGUAGUGAUGUGGCGUGUGCCAAGGAUGCAUGCUGCACUACGCAGUGCAAGCUGAAACCCGGCUCGAAGUGUUCCUUGGGUCUGUGCUGUGAAAAAUGUCAGUUCAAGGCUGCCAACACUCUGUGCCGUCCCCCUGCUGAUGUUCAGUGCGAUCUGCCCGAGUUCUGCAACGGCUCCUCUGCCUCCUGCCCCCCCGACGUCUAUGUGCAGGAUGGGCACAGCUGUGAGCACAGCACCGGCUACUGCUACCAUGGGCACUGCCAGUCUGCUGAGCUGCAAUGCCAGAGGCUCUAUGGGAGAGGUGCAAAAAAUGCCCCACUGGCGUGUUAUGAAGAAAUCAACAGUCAUCAGGAUAGGUUUGGGCACUGCGGUAAUCGGCUGCUGGAUGGGUACCAGCCCUGCUCCUGGCUGAAUCUGGGCUGUGGAAAGCUCAUCUGCACGUACCCAAAUCAAGUUCCCUUCACUAGAUUAAAGGGUGCCAUCAUUUACGCUCAAGUGCAAGAACAUCUGUGCGUGUCUUUUGAUGUAAUGCAUGCACCCAAUGAGGCAGAUCCUUUCCUGGUUAAGGAUGGUACAAAAUGUGGUCCUGGAAAGGUGUGUAUGAAUGGCACGUGUCACCCACACUCCAUUCUCAACUAUGACUGCAAUGCAGAGAAAAAAUGCCAUGGGCACGGGGUGUGCAAUAACAAGAAAAACUGCCACUGCCACCCAGGCUGGAACCCACCCCACUGCAAGAUGCGGGGAUCUGCACUGGGUGGCAGCACUGACAGCGGGCAGCGGCUGCGGGAAAUGGAGAGCCAUGCCCCAAAGGUCUCUCAGAAGGAUAGGCUGAAAAACGCGCUCCUGCUGAGCUUCUGCCUCCUCAUCCCCAUCCUCAUCUGCAUCAUCAUCCUGAUCAUGAAGUGGAGCCAGCUGAUGCGGCGCUGUGCUAGGAGAGAGAUGGAAGCUGCUGACUCCGCCGAGGAAGAAACCAGCAGCAUCGGGAGCAACGAGAGCAGCGUGAGCAGCCGGAGCAGCCGUGUGAGGAUGGAGCCGGAGCCGGAGCGUCGCUCGGGGCUGUGCGCGGGGGAACCACGCGAAGUGUUUUUGCCCGAGGAGGUCCGGAUUUACACCGACGGCCGCGGCGGAGGCGCGCAGUCCGAACUCGCGCAUCUGGAGGUAACGGUGCGGCCGUGCGCUGCGCCCGACGGCCGGGAGGGGCGGACACCAAAUGCCGUCGGUUCGGUGCUCGUUCCUCGGAACCUGCAGGGAUGGGACGGGACCACACGCGGUAGUGCUCAGCUCUGCUGCCCGGCGCUGUCUGUGCUCCCUGCUGCUCCCCACACAGCGGGCACCGCGCUGAUGGUGCGGCUUCACUGCUUCCAGCGCGACUGCUUCUAUGAGGGCUACGUGGAGGGUUUCCCAGGGUCACUCGUGGCACUCAGCACCUGCUCCGGGCUCAGUGGGAUCCUGCAGCUCGCCAACACCAGCUAUGGGAUCAAGCCUCUGGAGGCUGCAUCUGGGUACCAGCACCUCGUUUAUCAGAUGGAGGGGGAGAACGUGGGCACGAAGCUGCUGGGAGGAAGCAGCUCCCUUGCCUGGGCUGCAGAGGUGUCCUUACAGCCAUGGGAUGGAGAGGUGAAGGAAGCUGUUCCUAGGUCCCCUCGGUAUCUGGAGAUGCGUGUCAUUCUGGACAAAGCUCUGUAUGACUACAUGGGAGCAGACAAAUACGUGGUGACAACGAAGAUCGUGCAGCUUUUCAGCUACGUGAACAGCAUGUUUGCUCGCCUCAACCUGACCAUAGUGCUGACUUCCCUGGAGCUCUGGACAGAAAAGGACAAGAUCCCAACCACAGGAGCUGCUGAAGAGUUACUGCAGAGAUUUCUGCAGUGGAAAAACACACAUCGUACCUCUCGGCUGCAGGACAUAACAUUCCUGUUUGUCUACAGGGAGCAGUCCCAUUCCAUGGGAGCAUCCUCUGCGAGGAAACUGUGCCUCAAGGACCGUGCUGGAGGAGUAGCUUUGUACCUUCGUGCCACAAUGCUGGAGGUGUUCUCAGUGACCGUGGCCCAGCUGCUUGGGCUCAGCCUGGGGAUGAGCUACGAGGACCCCGGGAGCUGUGGCUGUGUGGGAGCCACCUGCAUCAUGCAGAGCAGUGCAGUUCACUCAGCUGGCACCAAAGCCUUCAGCAACUGCAGCAUAAGAGACUUUGAGCUUUUUCUCACUUCUGGAGAAGGGCAGUGCCUCCUGAACAGGCCACUUGUGAACGUGUCCUACAAAGCUCCUGUGUGUGGCAACAAAGUGGUGGAGCCGGGAGAGGCUUGUGAUUGCGGGUCGGCAGAGGAGUGCCGGCGUGAUCCGUGCUGCACUGUGGGCUGUAAGACAAGGAAAGGGGUGCAGUGCCUGUCGGGGCCGUGCUGCUCCAGGUGCAGGUUUAUGAAAAAAGGCACCCUGUGCAGAACUAGCUCUGAGGAUGAAUGCGAGCUGAAGGAGUAUUGCAAUGGCACCUCUGGGGCGUGCGCACCCAACCUGUGGGUCAUGGAUGGGCAUCCCUGCAAGCAGAACACUGCCUUCUGCUACAGGGGGGUGUGCCAGACCGCCGACAAGCAGUGCCAGGAGAUUUUUGGCAAAGAUGCCAAAAACGGACCCUUGGCCUGCUAUGAGGAAGUCAAUGGCCAAAGGGACAGAAUGGGGCACUGCGGCUCUGAUCACAGUGGUUAUCACAGCUGUGCCUGGAGUGAUCUCCGCUGCGGGAAGCUCAUCUGUGAGUACCUGGGCACUGUGCCCUUCACCAAGGAGAGGGCUGCCGUGGUUUACGUGCGGUUGCAGAACGUGCUGUGUGUCACACUGGACUACCUGCAGCCUCGCACAGAGAGGGACCCCAUGUUGGUGAGGGAUGGCAGCGUUUGUGACGACCAUAAGGUCUGCAUGGAACAGAAGUGUGUGUCUGCUGCUGCCUUGAACUACAGUUGUGACAUAAAGAGAAAAUGCCACGAUCACGGUGUGUGUGACAGCAAAGGGGAUUGCCAUUGUGAUGUUGGCUGGAAGCCCCCGGAUUGCCGGGAGAAAGCAGAGUCACAGGGAGGGAGCAGUGAGAGUGGUGACCCCUGGAACAAGAGCUCGCUGAAGACAUGGCAGCUUCUCGCCUUGUGUCUCAGUGCGCCCAUCUUCGUUGGGCUCAUCUUCGUGGUGAUAAAGAAGCUGAGGCAGUGUCUGUCCAGAGAGCAGCCACAAGAAGAGAAGUUUGAGGAAAGCACUGACGAAGAAAGGAGCACAGCAGAUGCAUAGCAGCAUAGCUGGAAAGGCCUUUAAGGAUACUGCUGAAUUGAAGGGUGUUUGUGAUGUGAAUGGAGGCAGCAGCAGCAGCAGCAGCAGCAUGGACCCCUGGGCAGGGGGCUGGAGUCUGUCAGAGGGACAUUGAAAGGCUGUGUCCUUUGUAUUGUGUCCUUGUGUGUGUUGUUCAAUAAAAGGUGUUUCU